AUGCAAUUGCGUGAAUACACGCGGGACAACGAUUCUAACCUCACGCAGGCGCUGAAGCGAUUAGUGCAGGUGCACUCUCCGUUGUUGAAGCGAGACCACGUUUUGUGUUCUCUCUCGCUCUCGCUCUCUCUCGUGGCACUUGGCCACGCAGAGAGCAAUGUUGAGCAGGAGAUUGGGAUUGUGAUUUGGUCAAUGGACGAUGGAUUGCGAGAGGAGUGCGAGCAUCAGUCGUGUGGUGGCAUUGCGGAGGAUCCUCGGUGUUGUCGUUCAGGGUUGGUGAUGCUGAGACCUUCGGCAUCGGUGAGUGCUGCAGUGGAUGGUCAAUGCGCCUCAAGUUUGGCAGUGGCGAAUGUAGGGAGGGAUGGUGCAGAUGGUGGUGAGAGGAUGGAGGAACCGUCGUCAUCUGCCUCUCCCCUUCUCCUGCAUGCGAUGCCUGUUGCAGCAGCAGCAUUAACAGUAAUUGUUUGA